CGCGCGGCGCCGCCUUCCCAUUGGCUGGCGGCCGCGUCGCUCAGCGGCUUCCCCUCGCGCUCCCGCCCCGCCUCCGGCAGCGGGCGGAAGAGCCCGGCGCGGCGGGUACUUAGGAUACGGCUGUUGAUGGAAGAAUUCAUGUAGAAGUACAAACUAAGCAAGGCAAUCUAAUCUGCGAGGACAUGGCAGGAUUCUUAGAUAAUUUCCGGUGGCCAGAAUGCGAGUGUAUCGACUGGAGUGAAAGAAGAAACGCCGUUGCUUCAAUAGUUGCAGGUGUAUUGUUUUUCACAGGUUGGUGGAUAAUGAUAGAUGCUGCAGUAGUUUACCCUAAGCCAGAACAAAUGAACCACGCGUUCCAUACCUGUGGAGUGUUCUCAACACUAGCUUUUUUCAUGAUAAAUGCUGUAUCAAAUGCUCAGGUGAGAGGAGACAGCUACAGUGACGGAUGCUUAGGAAGAACAGGUGCUCGUGUCUGGCUCUUCAUUGGCUUCAUGCUGAUGUUUGGUUCGCUUAUUGCUUCAAUGUGGAUUCUUUUUGGAGCAUAUGUUACACAGAACACUAAUGUUUACCCUGGAUUAGCAGUGUUUUUCCAAAACGCAUUGAUAUUUUUCAGUACACUGAUCUACAAGUUUGGAAGAACAGAAGAGUUAUGGGGAUGAGAGCUCACGUCUAGCAUUGUCUAUUCCGUAGUUGCUAUGUUGUACUCAGUAUGUAGAUAUAUUUACGUUUAUUGGCUCUCGUUUUGCUUUCUAAAUUGGACGAACUGAGACAAAUUAUGGUUUCUGUAAUAAGCUCCCUCUUUUCAUAGGACAGAUUUGUGAAUAUGUACAUAUGACUGUAUAUAUCUUAAAAAGGGAAAAUCAGGCUUUCUUUCUGAAACCUUCAGGCUCAUUUCUUCAAAUACAUGAGUUUCCAUCAACUCUUAAGACUUGAUCUUCCAAACCCUCACGUGUGAGAGACUUCGGUCAACCUACAAGCGAAUAAGCAGGAUAAAGCCUGUACCCUGUGAAAAGGCUUAUUUUUAUGUGUAGUUUAGCUACAGUUCAUUUUUCAAGAGUUGACAGCAAGGGCUGCUUCUGUACCUGAAAGGGAGUAGUCAGCUCGUGGAAGUGACCCAGCUAAGCUUGAAUUUCGUGAGGGUAAAUUCUAUUGUAUGCUGAGAUAAGGGUUGAUUUUUAUAUUUUUCUGAACAGUUAUAUAAAAUUCUUAAGUAGCUAUUUUUUGGUAAAAGGUUAUGAAUUUUUAAACGCGGCCCUAUUUUAGGUCGGUUCUGCAUGGCAAACCAACUGUUCUUUACUGAUUGCUAUAGCACAAAUGAAAUUUGGUAGCAGCAUAGAAUUAAUUUCAUGCUGCUCAGUGUAAUAGAUAACAAUUAGCAUUUACUGUAUUUACUGGAAUUUACCCUGAAACUGAUGCCAAUCACGCUUAAGGAAUAUAAAUAAUAAAUGCGAGUCACACUAACAUCUUUAAAAUUAUGCUAGCGUAGAUUUUCUUCAGGGGAUAGCUUUUUGCUGGUAAAUGAACAGUUACCCUGCUGCCUAUUACCUUGGGUAACAAUAAAGGUGAGCAUUUCGAAUGGGAAUAUACUAUAUGUAUUUAUUGCUGACAAUCCGAUGUUGAAAUAAUUGCCAGUUUUAGGGCUGCCACUUGCCCCAGUUAAAAUGUAUCUAUCCCCUAAAUCUCACGGGCACUUUAUGGGUAUGCAUCCAUUAUUGCAAUCCAGUUUCUUCCAGCUGGUGCACACAGACAGGGAGAACAGUGAUGUUUUAUAGCUUUGGACUGAUCUUAUAUAUUCAUCUUGCUGUUGGUGACUUCCUUGUAAGUUCUCUGUGUUUUUAAAGCAUUUGAAUCUACAGUGUGUCUAAGAGCUUUUAUAACUCUCCAUGUAUCAAGAUUGCUGACCAAAUGGCAUUAAACUUCAGAGUGUAAUUUACGUGCAUGGUUACUGUAUACUGUUAGUCAUCUAAUUGCUCCCUUGUGGGAAUCUUUCCAGUGGACAGAAUAUGAAGCAAAUAACUGCAGCUGAAAUUGUGCUACUGGCUAGACUAACUUCUAUCCUGAUUUCAUCACCCGGCAGUGAGUUACGAGAUAUUCACUGGUGUUCAUCAUAGCUUUGUACAUAAGUUGUCUGUUUGGUUGUAAUUCCAGAAAACUGCAAUAAACUUUAUCUUAUGUUCUCCAGACA